AUGGAUGGGGCGCAGGGGGUGGUCACAGACGCGGCCUGCCAAGUGUGUGGCGACACGGGCGGCGCGACACGGCUGGUCCUGUGCGAAAACGCCGCCCGCGGCUGCCUGGGCGGCAUUCACCUUUAUUGCUGCAUCCCGCUGCGGGCAGAGCCAUGGGCAGAUGCAUGGUACUGCUCCGAGUGCAGCCAGGUGCUGGCAGAGGUGGCAACACGCGAAAAGCGGCAGGCAGCGCAGCGCGCCGCCAAGCGCGUCGCUGCCGCCGAAGUGCGCCGGAAGGAGCGCCAGGACAGGAAGCAGCGGCGGCAGGAGGAGGCUGAGCAGCGGCGCCGACAGCAACAGAAUGCACAGCAGCAGCAGCGUCAGCAGCAGCCAGCGGCUGGCGGCGGGCGUGCAGCCGGUCUCCCCGCUCGGCAGCAGCUGGUGCGGCAACAGAGGCCGCCAGCAUCGGUCGGCGGCACGCCUGUGGCCCGGACCGACACACUGACGAUGCUGUUUGAGAGCUUGAAGGGGGACGAGGAGGCUGCCAAGCGGCGAGCCCAGGAGAUGGGGCGCGUGGUGGAUGGCACCAGCCGCCGCCUCUCAAGCAUCAUCACCGAGAGCGACGAGGCGAUCCGGCUGCUGCAUGAGCGGCACUCCCUGAAGUGCUGCACGCUUGCGGGCCUGAAAGGGGUGUUCCCGCUGCAGCUGCCGCUGGCGCACCAGAGGGGCAGCUUUGCGGCAAGCCUGCUGUGCUACGGCAUCCCAGGCAAUCUGCAUAGCGGCGCGGCAGCGCAACGGCUUGAGCCUCUGGCGGCGGCCACGAGCGCGGGGCGGCAGCCCCCCGCAUGCCUCAUGUGGAUGGAUGAGCUCGGCAUCCACCAGGAUCGGGCUUGGCAGCAGGCCAGCAUGCUGCUGGUGCUGGGCCAGGCCCCGCCCUCCCAGCAGGAGGCCAUGGCCCAGCAGUGGAUGGCGCUGUGGGAGAUGCUGCGGCGGGACCGGCAGGCCAUCCACAUCCCCAUCCCCGCUGUGGCUGCUGGUGGUGGUGGCAGGGAGGGCGAUGGUGGCGCCGCCACGCAAGAGGGCCUUGAGCUGUUCCUGGUGCCGAACCUGCUGGACCCAGCCAGCAUGACGCUGUUUGGCUUGCUGGCAGUACCCAUCCCUUUGGAGCGCCCAGAUGCCGCCGCUGCACGCGCGCCGGGCCGCGGCAUUCUGCACCGCACCUCAGCAGCCGCCCUGGUGCCAACGACGGCGGCAAGCGGGCCGGCAGCAGCGGCAGGGCAGGAUGCCAGGCGGCUGCCCCUGGCAUGGGCAGACGCGGGGCAAGAUGACAAGCCGGGCGCAGAAAGCGCUGCGGCGCUGGAGCUGGGGCUGGGAGCGCACUAUGCCACGCCGCGCCGGCGGGCUGUGCAGGUUUCUCGGCCAGCCCGCCUGCCCUCCAUCCGCACCUUCGUGGAUGACACAGGCGCCCCAAAGCCGCUGGAGGGGCUGCGCGUGGCGCUGGUGGGCUUUACCAAGCACCAUGAGAUGACUGCAAAGAUUCUGGAGGAAUUGCGUGGGCUGGGAGCCAGCACCUACACCAACCAAGUGACAGUGGCCGAUGUCUUAAUGCUGCAUCCAACCCUGAUACGAGUUCCUGGCUUGGAGCGCUGCUCAGACGUGCUGCCGCUGGGCCUGGCGCACCUGCUGGCCAGCUCGUCUGUGCACGCAUUCCACGACAGCAGCUUCCUGGUGCUACGUGAAAUGAUUCAGUGA